GGGCUACUGGUUUGUUUAGAGCACCAGGAUUAUAUUUAGUGGUUGCUUUUUGUUGUUGUUGUUGCGGCCCUCCCAAGAUUAUCUUAUUACGUUAUUCAAAUAAAUGAUAAACCGUUUUAUCAUUUUCCCUGAUGCUAAGGGAUUGUCAAGAAUUUUGAAUCUGACUUUGGUGAAGAUUACUGAAUUUGAUAUCUAUUGUAAAGUGAAGCAACUGAUUGCAGCCGCAUAUGAAAAUAAUAUUAAGAAAGGUUGAAUAAUUUUUCCUCCUGGAUUCCAUAAUUUACAAAGUUUCAAAUCUGUUGGGAACCACUGACACCCUGUGGCCCAGUCAAGGUGACGGCAUGGCACCCCGGGGAAACGGGGCGGCCUCAGGCCUGUUCGGGCCGUACCGAGUGCCUGACGUGCCCUUGCAACAUUACGGCGCAUCUACUGCCACCUAUACGCCCAACCACGCUUCACCGAUGAACUACUACAAUACCAGCCGAUACUCGGCCAGUCCAAACUGUCCGCCCAUACAGCCUACUCCGAUGGGAUAUCCAGGUGACAAUCCUGAACAUAUACUCAAAGGGAGCAAUUUCAAUGGUGCGCUUCAAGAGCCAAAUAUAUGGCGCACUUCGCCAACGAAUCCUGGUCUCGGUCCAGAAGCAAAUCCUCAAGGAGCUCGCAAGCAGAGGCGAGAAAGAACUACUUUUAGUAGACAGCAACUCGACAUUCUGGAGGCUUUAUUCCAAAAAACUCGCUAUCCAGACAUCUUCAUGAGAGAAGAGGUCGCUAAUCAAAUACGACUGCCAGAAUCUCGCGUUCAGGUUUGGUUCAAAAACCGCCGAGCUAAGUGCCGGCAACAGAGUCAGAAUGGUUCCAACAAAAAUCGUACCACCAAGAAACAACCGAAGAGCCCUCCAUCCUCCCAGGUAGCUAAUUGCAGCAGUCCUUCAACGUCCCAGUCACAUGCCAGUCCUUCCUCGGGAGAAUCUGGCUCGAGUCCUGCUGCUAACAUUACUCCGCUACCGCCACGUAGUGGCGAAUACAGUCCAGCAACUCCAGAUCCGAUGCUUAUGCCCAGUACCUCUUCAGCCAGCUGCAUGCAGAAAGUCGAUUCAAUAUCUGCUUAUCAGUUCAACACUCCAGUUUACAACACCAAUGGAUACCUCCAAAACAGCACCUACACCUUUCCAUAUGAUUACUACAACACACCUCUGGGGCACGCGUAUCAAUCUCAUUCAAUGACUCCAAGUCACCACCAAACAGUGUCGCCUCCAGUUCAGCCUACUCCUCAGUGUCUGGGAACACCGAGGGACAUGACUGGUUACAACACUUACCCUACACUCCCUCGCAGUGAUUACACAGAACUUCCAGAUUCGAAGAAUAUGAAGUUCCAGAAUCUGUAGAAGUUCCUAUGCAGUAGCAGUGACCUAAACAAACUUUAACUUAACAAGGCAGCCAGGAGUUAUUUGUAAUUCUUGAACUAUGGCAUUGACCUGCAGCAUAACAGAGUUAACUACAAACUGAUUUUUCUACUUAUUCAAAUCGACAAUGUAUCUACAUAGCAGUUAUGGCUGAUAAAAUGGAGCAUCUGAUGCCCAUUUUUGUUGACAAAAAAAGUAUUGAUAAUGACAAAUAAUAUUACCAUUAUAAGUCUAUGAAUACUCUUUUUUGCACCAAAAAAAAUGUUUAAGUUAGUGAGAUUUUGAAAUAGUAUUUUUGAAAAUUUGAGUAAGUUGAUAAAUGUUUGUGGGUAAAUAUAUUUAUAAGUUAAGACGAAGGAAGUUGAAAUCAUCCUUAAUUUGAAUUCAUUAACUAUCGAAUAUUCUUUGGAUAUGAAACGAAUCUCACAUUUAAUUAGAUGUGUUUUCUUACUUUCGAUAUCAUUUUUAUUGUGUACAAAUUAUAUGCUUGGUCAAACGAAUUAAAAAAGAUAAUAUUUGCGGGUACUCUACCUACAGAUAAAAGGCUAUUUAUUGGUAUUGUAGUAAUGCAUAAUGUUUUAUUUACGAGUUCUAAGCCUUUUAUUUAAAUUAAUCUUUAUGUUGAUGAAGUAAUUUAGUAUCUCGAAAUGAAUAUUUAUACAUUUUAGAAAAAUUAAAAUACCUGUAAGUAAAAAAUAGUGAGAAAUAGGAAUUGCUUAAAAUAUGUCCGACUAUAAACUAUAUUUCUGAAACAGGUUAUAUCAAAAGCCGAAAUUAAUUAUUAUAGACUCACCUUUUAAGAAUUCUGGCCCGCACGUUACGGGGUAUUUUCUCCUCUGUUCGUUUUCUGUUGUUGAAAAGGAAGCCAAAAAAAAAAAAAAAAACCCUCUUUUUUCUUCUACUACAGUAUCUGCAAAUAAUUUUUAUCUGUUGGUAAAGCACAUACAAAUAACCAUUUCUAAUUAGAAAGACCUAACUUCAAAUAUAGAUUUAUUAAUUACUGAGUUUAUUUUGAUCUUAU